CUACGUUGUUUACAAACAAUUUUAUUUUGUGUCCAUCCAAAUUUUAUGUCUACACAAGAAUUUAAUACAAAUUCCUAUAAGCUUUUAAAGAAUCAAGUCGAAAUGCAGAGAGUUAGCCUUAAAAGAAUGCGUUCCGAGGAAUCGCCAUACACUUUGCAGACCAAAAUGCAUGUUAAUGAAAAAAUCGUAGAUUCUCACGAUGAAAAUAAAAUGAAAGCAAUACAUGCCAAAACCACAAAGCUGUUAUUCCAAGCGGCUCGCUCCAUUAACAAUAAUAAUAAUAUACAAUCCAUGAACAAUAAAAAUACUCCACUAUCAAGAUUGGUGGUGUUGUUUGGCAAUGGCCAGAUUGAAACGGCCAAAGGUGCCGAAGAUAUGGAGGAGGAAUUUCUGUGGGUACGUCGCAAAGCUAAGUGUUGUGACCGCGACACAUAUGUACAAAGUGAUUGCAUUAAUUGUCAAAAGCCAUUGUGUGAGGAGUGCGGCUUUUCUUGCUCGGAGUGUGGAGAAUUUAUAUGUAAUGCUUGUGUUACUAUAUUUGGUUCCGGUGAUGCUGACCAUCCCAUUUGUGAAAAGUGUUCCCUAUUUGCAUAAGUUUGGCGACCAUUAAAAAAGUACAAAUUUAAUUUAUGUUAUUUUCUUUUUAAUUUACUUAUGUAUGAACUUAUAUUUAAAAUGUCUUGGAAUUUAAAUAAAUAUUUAAGAAAAAUAA